AUGAGCACGAUCUAUUUAAUUUCAAUCUUAUACAAUACUAAAAUAGAUCUAGAACUUUCAAUAACGAAUAAACGAAUUCACCCAUCCAUCUGUAAAGAUUUGACGUGGACAGAAAAAUGGAUUAGUACAGGUGCUUUUGAAUCAACCAAAUACCAAGAACCAUGCGACUGGAUACUAUUUGACAUUGUAUAUACAUGGGUGAAUGGUAGUGAUGAUUAUUAUAAAAUGAUGAAAGAAACUUAUGAACAGAAAUCUAAAAUAAUGGUCCUAGAACGUUAUUAUCGCAAUUAUGAUGAGUUGCGUGGAAAGAUGCAGAUUCCCACUUGGUUAAAUACAGCUUGGAAAAAUCCCAGAACUGGAAUGAAAAGGAUUGAAAUCAUCAAACAUUCUGAUAUAUUCACCGACAUUACUGUGUUACCGACUUUUAAUUCUUUGGCAAUUGAAAGCCAAAUGAUGAACAUUCCAAAUCUUUUUGAUCAA